AUAUUUCAUAAAAUCAUUAGCGUAACUACUUGUUAGCGGUUCGGCCGUUUUACAUUUAUAAUUUUGUUAAACUAACUAACAGAUCAUAUUUUUAGAGUUCUAACAAUGAGCCAGUGUUACAGAACUGCUAUUUGUUUGUUUAUUGUGCUCUGCGCGGUUCCUUACGCGCUCAGCAUCAAAUGUUGGAACUGCCGGUCGAACAACGAUCCAAAAUGCGCGGAUCCGUUCGAUAAUAGUACCGUUCCAAUCACAGAUUGUAAACAAGAGAAGGGUCUUCCUCACCUACCAGGCGUCCGACCAAGCAUGUGCCGGAAAAUACGGCAGAAAGUAAAUGGUGAAUGGCGAUACUUCAGAGACUGUGCAUACUUAGGGGAAGUUGGUAUUCAGGGCGAUGAGAGGUUCUGUCUCAUGAGAACUGGAACCUACAACAUCUUCAUCGAAUAUUGUACUUGCAACAGUAAGGAUGGAUGUAAUGGUUCAUACCUUUUCACACCAAAGCCUCUUCUGAUGUUAGUGUUAGUUGUGGCACCGUGGUUGUCCCUCAAACUUGCAGCGUAAGAAAUAACAAGCCUUAUAGUUAUGUACCUUAAGAAUCUCAUCUUGUACAAAUAUGUUUGUAAGAAUCUGACAUUUGCUACAGAGUGUUAAUGUUCUUAUUAACUAAGAGAAAACUUAGAUGCCAGUCAAAUCAACAUUCAUAGUACAUGUUUCUUAUGUAUGUGUCACAUACUUAAUGCCAGUGAAAAAUGCCAGCCUAGUAAUGGCUAAAACUUAAUAUACAUCAUCAUCAUCAUCACCAGCCCAUUAACGUCCCCGCUGCUGGGGCACGGGCCUUCCCUAUGGAUGGAUAGGGAGAUCGGGCCUUAAACCACCAUGCGGGCCCAGUGCGUAUUGGUGGUUAUUAACGACUGCUAAUGCAGCCGGGACCAACGGCUUAACGUGCCUUCCGAAGCACGGAGGAGCUCGAGAUGAAAACUUUUUUUCUGUGGUCACCCAUCCUAUGACCGGCCUUUGCGAAAGUCGCUUAACUUCAACAAUCGCAGACCGAGCGCGUUUACCGCUGCGCCACCGAGCUCCUCAAUCAAUAUACAUUAAAUCAUAAUAAGACAUCACUUAUGUGAGAUAAAUAUCCUUUUUUAAUUGUUAAGUAUAAUUUUUAUCAGUGCUUUCUAGCAGCUGAAAGACUACAAUUUUAUCUUGUAUUUAAUUUUUUUUAUCUAUUUUUCUGUAUUUACAUUUAGGGUUAUUGAUAUUGUUUGAGAAAUAUGCUACUGUUGUGUCUGGCAUUAAAAGAAGUUUCUUUUAAUGCUUACCUUGACUCUUUUAAUGCCUACCUAUAUUGACUGAUUUCUUAAAAGAGAUUAGUAUUAUGGUAAUGCAUGAAUUUGCAAACAAAAAUCUUAGUUACAUUAUACAUAGAAGUUCUUUUCUUGAAAUUAAAUUAGUUGUUAUACCCACAAAAAGAUAAAAAAGUGUACUUUAACUUUAAAUGACUUCAUAAUUAUUCACAAAGUGGUAAUUACUUUUUAAAUGAAUUCUUGUAUACCUAGUUGUAAUUUAGUUAUAAGACUGAUUAUUCAAGCCGUCCAUUAAAUAACUCUUUUUAUACACAUUGAUUACAAAAUAAUAAAAUACUUUUUCACAUUUU